CCGAUUGUGCCGGCAGAUAAUCAUUCUGCCUGGAACUGGGUCCUCGCAAGGGCUCAAUUUCAAAGCUUAUAUCUCCGCUGGGCGCGAAGACACGCGAUGAUCGUGCCGUUGAGCUGUCAGCUUCGGUGCUCGUGUGCCAUGUAUUGCCCAGAUCAUAGCUGCUCUGGUCGAACUGCAAGAACGCCUCGGCCACAUCCGCAACCUCCAGAGGCUUCCCACAGGCCUCUGUCAGUCAGGAAAGCGCCUUCUCUGCAUCCAAGCAAGCGGCAGUAGCCUCGCCCACGUGAUGGUCCCUAUCGCAAAGCAGCAUCUUCUUCCGCCAAUGCCCGGUGCCGAACGCCUGACUAGCUCAAAUGGGCAUGUAUCAGAGGUUUUUCACUCAUACGAAUUGCGCGUCGUUCAGCAUCCUAUAAGAGCUCGCAUGGCGGGCUUCGGACAUCGGGACCGAAGAUCACUUACACCACCGCUCAUUGCUCGCCUGUUCAUCCGCGAUAGGCGCACGCACGAACUCAUCGAUCCUGCGACAAUCGAUCUAUCGUUCUUCAUUUUAGCUGCAGAUUUAUGGUCAGCCGAUGGGCAACGCGAUGCAAAUUUAGUCUUGCAUCCGUCCUUCAGCCCAACGCUGGUGGCACCCGAGCCUCUGCCGUCGCCAGACGCCAUCUUGCCGCACCUUAACUUCGGCAGCCAGCUCAAUCUCCGCGACAAUUCAGAAUCAGGCAACAUUAUGCCACUUUUGUCGAACAGCCAGCAUACGCUUCUUGGCAUCACGUCAGCCCAGCAAACUCUGCCGGAGCAGCAGAACGCUCUGUCAGCGGAAUUAUCCGGCUGGCGACCGGUCCUGACGUCGAACGGCUUGCCUGUACAUGCCAAUGGUCACGUUGGUGAAGACGGACCGGUAAGACCGGCGGGCCGCGCUCGCCUCGACAACAGCGCAUCGCAUUUCAUUAAGCCGGUAGACUUCACUGCACUCACGCGCGAGACCGACGAGAUCAUCUCGGUUCGAAACUUGCUGGGCUCGCUCCAUGCGAACGCACAACUCCUGCGAGACGUGAGCGAACAGCAAGGCAUAUAUUUCAUCCUGUCAGAUCUUUCUGUUCGAGCGGAAGGCACAUACAAGAUCCGCCUCGUGCUCACGAAGCUAGGAGCCUCGGAGCAGCGAUUCGAGUUUCCUCAGCCAUUACUCGCUCAAGCGAGCACCGACCCUUUCGAGGUUCUGUCGGUCAAGAGGUUCCCCGGCAAUCUCGCUCCGACCGAGCUUUCCCUAGCAUUCAGCAAGCAAGGUAUCAAGAUACCGAAUCGCGGCAGUCGCAACGAGUAAAGAGCAAAGCAUAGUAGGAUAUAUAAACGCAGGAUUCGCAUUCAAUCGGUAGAUUAAGCUUCCCCUAGCAGAUCUCAGUCUCAGUCGGUUCAGCACAUUUGCAGUCUCUCUGUCGCAUGUAGAAAGCACAAAGCAGUCGUAGAACCCAAUCUCGUUUUGCGUCGUUCGAAGCAGUGAUCAGUCCCAUUGUUGCUUACGCC